UCGACAUCCGAUAACAUCUCCGAGCAUUCCCAAGGCCCCAGCCAUUGAUGGGAGACAGGAAUCUAUCCAAAUCCAUCAGAGAUACACCAGACACCAGGUUACAACUAUCCCCCAUACAUUCAUUGUUCUAAAACCAUAACAUCCAACGCCUAUUCUAUAUCUUCAUAUAAUCAUUCACCUUUGGCAUCCUCAUCCAUCACACCAUGGUCUUAUUAUCACAAAUCCCGUUCUCCUUCACCCUCGCCCUCUUCUCCAUUCUAUCCAUCUUCUCUCACACCGUCCUUGCCGACGAAGUCACACUCUACACCGAUACUACGCCUACCGCAACAUCCUCUCUAGCCGCCAGCGAGACAUACACCGGCUUAGCGGCAUACGACCCAACUCGGCUCACUCCUCCGGCUCCUCCGUCCCCUGCAGUCACUUCCCUUUCCCUCACUAUCCCGUCCGAUGGUGCUGGAGUAGCAAGCGAAGGUUUGUCAUUGUCCAUACCUCAAAAAGGUAACUUCCUUGGGUUCUCCAUCGAACUGUCCGUUGCCACUAGUCUGCUAGGAAGUUCAUCGGGUAACCUCAAGGUGCCUUUCUUGAAUUUCAUGGCCAACAUCCAAAAUCGGGCGGGGGCAGGACCAAUUAUCAGGGUUGGAGGAAAUAGUCAGGAAGGAAGUACGAUAUUUGUUGAUGGGCUGGAGGGCGGUGUUGCCAUGGAAAAGAUAAAAGUCAGCUCGGGCGUUACCGACACGCCUCUCAUCAACUAUUCCCCUGAACUGUUUUACAUCAUGUCCAACAUUACAUCCCUUGUAGGAGCAGAAUGGUAUUUUGGAUUGGCCUUCAACGAGUCCGAUGUGGACUCGCCCACCGGGAACAUCCCUAUUGCCGCUCAUUGGGCGCAAGAAAUUUUGGGUGACAGUCUUUUAGGCUUAAGUGUGGGAAAUGAACCUGAUUUAUAUGUCAAUCAUAACCACCGAUCUACAGGCUGGGGUGUUAGCGAUUUCGUCACUGAGUACGAUGACGUAGUCAAGUCCAUUGUCUCCAAUGGUUCUCUGCUCAAUAACAAUGCUUUCCUCGGCCCUUCUCUAUGCUGCAAUGUUCCCGGCUUCGAAUUUUCAGACCUUAUCAAUGCCGGCUGGCUCGAUGAAAACGUUGACAGAUUGUCAGCGGUUACCGUGCAGCACUACCCGACAAACAAUUGUAAAGUCAACGGUAAAGUAAUCGAAGCUCAAGACAUUUUCAGUGAUUUCUUGAAUCAUACUAGUGCUCAAGCGCUUGUAGGAGAAUACCUUGCGGAUUCAGUCCUGGUGCAAAAUGCUGGCAAGGAAUUGGUGAUGUUGGAGACGAACACGGCGAGUUGUGGUGGUUUUGCUGGUUUAAGUGACAGCUUUGGUGCUGCCAUGUGGAUGACCGAUUUUGCCCUUCAAAUGGCGUACGCCAACUUUUCUGCCGCCUUAAUGCACGUCGGCGGUCAAAAUGUCUACUACAACCCCUUCACUCCUCCCCCUUCCAACCUUUCCAGUACGCGCCAGUGGACUCCCGGAUCCGUUUACUACCCUACUCUCGUCAUUGCCGAAGCAUUUGGCAAAUCCAACGCUUCGCAAGUGGUGGAUCUCACUCCAUUACCCGAGUACGACGCCAAUAACAUUUACCACCCCAUCUAUGCCAUCUACGAGAACGACGCUGUCGCUCGUAUGGUGCUCUUUAAUUUUAUCGAUGACUCCACUGGGGGCAGCGAUCUUGACGUUACCAUCGACAUCCAAAACCAGAGCCCGACCCAGGUACAGGUCCGAUAUUUCCGAGCCGCCAGUGUGAGCGAGCAAUACGAUAUUUAUUGGGCCAACCAAACUCUUGGUCAGUCGUUCGCUUCUGACGGAAGACUGUACGGCGACCUUGAAACGAUUACCAUUACCUGCGAUGGAGGUGCCUGCAUUGUGCCUGUCCCUGCACCUUCUGUGGCCCUAGUAUACCUCACUGACGAGGCUCUCGAGGAAAGCAGCGUUUCGGAGGAUGCGACAUCGACGUAUCCGACGAGUAUAAUAGGCUCUGGAAGUGCCACGGUGGACGUGGGAACCUUGUCCACUAGUAACGGAAAAGAAGGAUCCGGAGGGGGAAGUACGUCCAAGGGUGGGGCCAAGACUUCUGCAGGAAAGAGGGUGGAGUGGAUGGGAGGGUUGUUAGGAUUGGGUCUCCUGUUAGGGGCCAUCAACAUCUAAGGGAUGUUGAGAGUCAUUGAUCAAUUUGUGAAUGAUGUUUACACGACCUAAACCCCUUCUUGCGCGAUACCCCUUCGUUAACUUUGAUUUAGUCUCUUUCUCUUUUCACUUUAGUUGGGCAAAUUGUACACACUUACUUGGUUGAUAUACCAUUACUCCCUUUCCCUAUAGGACAAACCAUUUGGACAUUAUCUUUCUUUUACUCUCUUCUGUUGUUAUAUACCGGUGAGAAAAGAAAUGGACCUCCAUGAGAGGUGAACAGGUUAACGGGCGAUUAGCUUGGCGAAACCUUAUAAAAGAAGGAAUUUGAAGUUGUCCUAUUGUAGAUAAAAACCCAAGGAAAAUGCAUAGGUCAACAAUG